AUGGAGGACUUUCUGCUCUCCAAUGGGUACCAGCUCGGCAAGACCAUUGGGGAAGGGACCUACUCAAAAGUCAAAGAAGCAUUUUCCAAAAAACACCAAAGAAAGGUGGCAAUUAAAAUUAUAGACAAGAUGGGAGGGCCAGAAGAAUUUAUCCAGAGAUUCCUGCCUCGGGAGCUCCAGAUCGUCCGCACCCUGGACCACAAGAACAUCAUCCAGGUGUACGAGAUGCUGGAGUCUGCCGAUGGUAAAAUCUACCUGGUGAUGGAGCUGGCCGAGGGAGGGGAUGUAUUUGACUGCGUGCUGAAUGGGGGGCCUCUGCCCGAGAGCCGAACGAAGGCCCUCUUCUGUCAGAUGGUCGAGGCCAUCCGCUACUGCCACGGCUGUGGCGUGGCCCACCGGGACCUGAAGUGUGAGAACGCCUUGCUGCAGGGCUGCAACCUGAAGCUGACUGACUUCGGCUUCGCCAAGGUGUUGCCCAAGUCACGCCGGGAGCUGAGCCAGACCUUCUGCGGCAGCACAGCCUACGCCGCUCCCGAGGUGCUGCAGGGCAUCCCCCACGAUAGCAAGAAGGGUGAUGUCUGGAGCAUGGGCGUCGUCCUCUACGUCAUGCUCUGUGCCAGCCUACCUUUUGAUGACACAGACAUUCCCAAGAUGCUGUGGCAGCAGCAGAAGGGGGUGUCCUUCCCCACUCACCUGGGCAUCUCGGCCGAAUGCCAGGACUUGCUCAAGCAGCUCCUGGAACCAGACAUGAUCCUCCGGCCUUCGAUCGAAGAAGUUAGUUGGCAUCCAUGGCUAGCAAGCACUUCAUAAAAGCAAUGGCAAGUCCUCCCCAAUAAAGCAGGGGAGAAAGCAAACCCAAAAACCC